AAAAUGAGCGAUUUCCACCUGGAUCUUACCCCGCUCAAGGAGCCCCUGGGGUUCAUCAAGAUUCUUGAGUGGUUAUUCUCCAUGUUUGCAUUUGCUACAUGUGGAGGCUAUAAAGGUGCAACGAAAAUUUUAGUAUCCUGUAAUGGACUUGUAAAUGGAACAGCAACAGCUAGUUUUGCUUAUCCUUUCAGGCUGAACAAAGUGACCUUUGGUUCGCCAGAUCCAACCCGAUGCAAUGGCACUUGGGGUGAAAUCCACCUCGUGGGCAACUUCUCCACCACUGCGCAAUUCUUUGUAACUUUUGGAGUCUUGGUAUUCUUGUAUUGCAUGGCUGCCCUUGUGCUGUACCUUGGUUAUAUGCACCUGUACCAAAGCGGUGGCAUUUUACCAAUGAUGGAUUAUGUCUUCACUCUUAGUGCCGUCUUUUUUUGGCUAGUCAGCAGUGCUGCGUGGGCAAAGGCACUUGUUGAUAUCAAAGUAUCAACUGGUCCACGCAUUAUUGAAGAAAUAUCUGCUUGCAAAAUACCAGGAACCUCCUGUUUGUAUGAUUCGGUAACCAACAUGGGAAGACUGAAUGUGUCUGUGGUUUUUGGCUUGUUAAAUAUGAUUCUGUGGGCAGGAAAUGCUUGGUUUGUAUACAAGGAGACGAUUCUGCAUAAACCUAACAAUGCUUCUCCAGACUCCGGACUUUAUCCACCUGCAUCAGGAAUUUAACUAUAACAACAACAAAAAGCUGCAUUCUGUUGACAGUAGUUUAAAAACCUUGAAGUUCAAUGUACUUUAGCUGUUUUUUAAAAAUGGAAAUUCACUUCAAAGAACAUACCCUGGAUAGAAAAAUCAGUAAGUUUUGGAAGGGUUGCCUAUACUUGAUUGAGUAUUCACAUUCAGUCUAACUUAGACACCCUUGUUAAAAUUUUGGGCAAUCUCUCUGGAAGUAAUAUUUUGUUAGAAAACGGCAUUUGAUUUCUACAAAACCUUGCCAGUGUAACUAGUACUCUUCCAAGCCUGUGCUACACUUCUGUUUAACAUGCAAUCUGAGGAGCUAUAAAUAACAUUGCCUGUUUUAAUGCUCAGAAACAGUAAUUCUUAAGCUUAAACAGCUUUCAGUUGCUUGGUUUAAAAGCCUUUCCCUUCCAAAUUUGGCACACUUGCAUUCCAGCUUUUGGUACAAUAGCUUAAUUCUUGAUUUAGGAGAGAGAGUAAAUCUUGGAUGACAAAAAUACUGAGCCAAGUGCUCUAAAUCGACCUUUGCCAACCUGGUUCUCUCAAGAUGUUUUAGGCUACAACUGGCUUGGGGCGGUGGGAGUGGCAAUCCAAAACUCUUGGAGGGCACCAGCUUGGCAAAGGCCACUUGUUAGUCGCCCAUGCCCAUUUAAAACCAAAGUUUCAACAGUGACAACAUGUUUAAAAUUGAAAAGCUGUUGACAUGUGCUUAAAUGAGAGAGAUUCUGUUCUGGACUAUACUAGUUAUGCAAACAGUUUUCCCUUUAGGAAGAUUGCUCCUAAUUCUUAAGUUUGGAUGUAUAAGCAUGGCUACUUCGUUUUGAGGAAACACCUGUGACAUGCCUGUAUUUUGACUUCAGUUAAAUAAAUGGAAGUUUCUAGGAA